GGUCAUUCAUCUUACCCUUUUUUUUUUCUCCCCCUUUUUACUUCCAUCUGUCGCGUAAAGUUUUCAAGCCAUGAUUAAUUCACUCUUUGUGAUCAACAAACAAGGAAAAAUUAUUAUCGAAAAGCAUUGGCGUGGCAUCAUCUCGAGACAAAUUGUUGACGUAUUCAAUGACGAAUGUAUAAAGUUUAUGAACUCCUUACCAGGUUCUAUGGAAGAAAGUGGUGGUGGAUUAUCUAUCAAGGAACCCUUUUUCACUCGAGAGGAUGUUCCUCCUGUUUUAGAAACAAACAAGUAUUGGUUAUUAAACGUUUUAAGGGAUGAUUUGACUUGGUUAUGUCCGGUCGAAAGAGAAGUCGACCCCAUGCUUGUUUUUGAGUUUAUUCAUCGUAUCAUUGACAUAUUAACCGAUUAUUUAAGUGAUGUCUCUGAAUUAUCGAUUCGAGAAAACUUUGUCACCGUGUAUCAGUUACUGGAAGAAAUGUUGGACUAUGGUUACCCAUUAACAACGGAGCCUAAUGCUUUAAAGGAGAUCAUCAUGCCGCCCACCAUUAUGAACAAAAUGAUGACUACCGUGGGUGCUGCUGCAGGUGUUGCACCCAAAUUCCCUCAAAGUAUGUCCAACAUACCAUGGAGAAAAGCUGGUGUAAAAUAUACACAAAAUGAAAUCUAUUUCGAUAUUAUUGAAGAAAUUGAUGCUACGAUUGCUGCAAAUGGUACUGUGGUAUCCUGUGAAGCUCAUGGUAAUGUGCAAGCCAACAGUAAAUUAUCAGGCAUGCCAGAUUUAUCACUGAAUUUUGUCAAUGCCAAGGUCAUUGAUGAUGUUAGUUUCCACCCAUGUGUUAGAUAUCGUAAAUGGGACAGUGAAAAGGUUUUAUCGUUUGUGCCACCCGAUGGACAGUUCAAGUUAAUGUCCUAUAGAGCUACACUUUCACCCUACCAAGCCAUGCCAUUACAGAUCAAGCCUCAGAUCAUGCCAACCAAGAACGGAGGCCGAUUUGAUAUAUCUAUUCAACCCAGAAGUACGGACGGAAAGCCGAUUGAGAAAAUUGUCUUGGUGUUACCGAUGCCUAAAAGCACCACCAGUGUAAAUGCCACGUGUAAUUCAGGACAGUACAUGUACGAUCCAGUUCAGAAGUCCAUUCGAUGGGAAGUUGGUAAACUUACACAAAGAGAUAGAGGACCCGUCUUAUCAGGUACAUUCAGUACAAGCGAGACGAAUCCAGAGUUAGGCAUGAGUAUCGGUUUAGAAUUUCAAAUCAGCAUGUACUCCGUUUCUGGUCUAAAGGUGGAUAGUCUUCGUCUUUUCCAUGAAGGAUAUAAGCCUUAUAAGGGUGUGAGAUGUAUGACAAAGUCUGGCAAAAUUCAUAUUCGAACAUAGAGAUAGGUUUUUUUUUUGUUUGUGUACAUUAUUAUUAAUUUUUUCUUUUUUUUGUUCGAUUCUAAAUAUAAUACAUUAUAAUAUUUUUUUUUUCUUUCUCUUAAACUCGUGUUGACACUAAC